CCGGAUUUUUCCGUCGACUUUUUUUUUUCACGAUGCAUCCAACCAACGCAGAAAGCACGACCGCUGGCAAGAAUCAGGAGAAAGAUAAAGCUGCAUUUGGUUACCUCCUCGAGUACACGAAACGGAAAAAUGUGAUGCCAUGGAAAGCGAUGGGAAUAACGAUGGGAAGGCAAUUUGUAGAUGGAAACACAGGAGGGACAGGGAAAGAGUUAGUGGCAAAGCUCUAUCCUCUGCAAACGGACGAUGUCAACCUUCAAGCCCAGGCCGAAAUUCAAGCCUAUGCCCGCCUCAUUCCAGUCGCCAAACGGUCUCCCAACUUUACGCCUCUCAAGACGUCAGCUGUGGUUUAAAAACUUCCCGAAGAGUUGCUGCCUGACGAUGACAUAGCUCACAUGCUUGUUUUGGUGAUGGAGAAUGCCGGAUCGCUGUUCGGCCAGCGUGACCUGACGGCGGACGUAGCGACGAGCAUCCUACGUCAAUUCGUCUUGUCGACGAUGCUUGCAAAUAAAGCCGGGGUCUUUCAAAAUGAUCCAAACUUCGGGAACUUGCUUGUGAAGGAAACCAAAGAGGACCAGCUGGUGUUCAAGAUGAUGUUCCGGAUCCCACCAGCACACCACACCAAGAUGUUGCACAAGUGGCUCAGGAUUUGAAGGAACUCGCGGCGUCAGUUGCAGAUCGUGAUAAGCUUGAACGUACUUUUGCUGGAUGUGUCACAGCCACUUCAAUGCAGGACAUCUAUAAUAGCGACUUGUUCAAGGACUGAUGGUGGGAUCUUCACGACUCUGCUGCGAAAAAUUCUCGCUUAAUUAAACUUUCUGUGAUUUCUGUUUUAAUUCAUUCCUGUCAUAAAUACUCGAUUUAUAA